UACGUCACCGGAGUACAGAGUCAAGGCUCAACAUGCGACUAUACGAUAUACUCGAACCACGUCUCGCGGGGACAAUUCAUGUCUCCCACCUAUCCCGGGUCGUAUCCCAUCAACCUCAACUGCACGUUCCGGUUCAUGGGGCAGCCGGGAGAGCGAGUCAAGAUCCACUUCCGGGAUUUCGACGUGUAUUCCGGCGGAAGUCACUGUCCGUACGACUGGAUGAAGGUGUACGACGGCGCCGCGCCGCGCCUCGUCGACGGCCACGUCGUCAACCUCAUAGGUGGCGCUCCAAUUUGCGGCGAGAAACACCAGGUGGAGCUGUUCUCGUCGCGGGAGAGCCUGGUGGCGGUGUUCGAGACGUCGUGGUCGCCGCGACACGAGAACCGCGGAUUCGACGGACAGUUCCAGUUCAGCCGCAAUUUUGUGAAGCUAGGUAGCAGUGUGCUGCCACUUGCUGGGUUCGUUGACGUAGCUGUGUGCUGCCACCUGCUGGUAUAUUAA